CACAAAGUUGGCGACAGCUUUUGUUCCAGGCAUCAGCGUGUUGUACAGCAGUGGCCGUGUUAUUGCAGAAAUAAAACAACCUGUAACGUCUGAUCUUGUCCUCGGCAUGGUGAAAUUAUCUGCGGAGCUAAUUGAGCAGGCUGCUCAAUACACCAAUCCUGUGAGAGACAGAGAGUUGGAUUUACGAGGUUAUAAAAUCCCAGUGUUGGAAAAUCUUGGCGCCACUCUGGACCAGUUUGACACUAUUGACUUCUCUGAUAAUGAAGUCAGAAAACUGGACGGCUUCCCGCUGCUCAAAAGACUGAAAACAUUGCUAAUGAACAACAACAGGAUUUGCCGCAUAGGUGAGAAUCUGGAGCAUUCCCUGCCGAGUUUGACAGAACUGGUUCUCACAAACAACAACAUUCAGGAGCUGGGGGACUUGGACCCACUGGCCACAGUGAAGACAUUGACCCUUCUCAGCUUGUUAAGGAAUCCAGUGACAAACAAGAAGCAUUACAGGCUGUAUGUCAUCAACAAAAUCCCACAGAUCCGUGUACUUGACUUUCAGAAGGUAAAGCUGAAGGAACGCCAGGAGGCGGAGAAAAUGUUCAAGGGCAAACGAGGUGCUCAACUUGCAAAGGAUAUUGCCAGGCGAACAAAAACAUUUACUCCUGGGGUGCCUGCACAGCUGGAGAAGAAGAUGGGGCCGUCUCAAGCGGAUGUGGAAGCCAUUAAGAAUGCCAUCGCUAAUGCUUCAUCUCUGGCCGAGGUGGAGAGGUUAAAGGGAAUGCUGCAGGCCGGUCAGAUCCCAGGCCGAGAGCUCCGACAAGGUCAAGCUGGGAUGGUGGAGGAGGAGGACGACGAGGAAGAGGCGGGCGAUACUGCACUGGUGGAGGCACACAUGGGUGUUGGCACCAGAGAGGAGGUGAAUGAGGGAGAUGGAGAGGAUGAUGAAGACAUGGAUGUAGAGCCACAUGUAAAUGGCCCCUGAAAGCAGUUAUGUGUUUUUUCAAAGUUGUAGAUCUCUUGUGUUGGACAUAAUGUACCUGUGCAGUUUUAUUUUGUUAAACCACUCACAUUAAACUGACUUCUUAUA